GUGUAUACUGAACAAGAACCUCACCGUAGAGAAACACUUUUCUCCAAAUCACCGCAGUUAGUCUACACAGAACCCGCAUUUCUCCACAACAGUCGAAAAAAUGGCAAUAUCGACUCUCCAGAGACUCUCUUCUCAAUUCCACCGCCUCCCAUCUUUCUCUCCUCUCACCAAAUCCAUUCUCGUCCGCACCUCUGCCUCUGCUGCUACCACCUCCUCUUCUUCCUCCGCCAAAGUCGCCGAUAGAAUCGUUAAGCUUUUCGCCGUCGAUCUUGACGGUCAGAAGCGGGAAGUCGUUGGCCUCUCCGGUCAGACCCUUCUCAGGGCUUUAGCUAACUGUGGCCUCAUCGAUCCUGCCUCCCACCGCCUCGAGGAAAUCGACGCUUGCUCCGCCGAAUGCGAGGUCAGCAUCGCCCAAGAGUGGCUCGAGAAGUUGCCUCCGAGAUCUUAUGAUGAGGAGUAUGUUUUGAAGAGAAAUUCUAGAGCUAGGGUUUUGAACAAGCAUGCUAGAUUGGGAUGCCAGGUCGUCCUUACACCAGACCUGAAAGGUAUGGUUGUUGCUAUCCCUGAGCCAAAACCAUGGGAUAUCCCCUAAGAGGAGUAUGAUUUUAAGGUUUUGUUUUGGUUUUGUUUUAUCUUGAUGUUUGGACUCAGAAUAUUCAAUAAUGUGCACACUUCUAAUGAAUUUAUGUUUCCUUAAAGUGGGAUAUUGUAAGAUCACCCUUGAAUUGGGUAUGCUGGAAUUUAAUCCUGUUAUUCUGGUUUAAUUAAUUUGAAUUUUCUUGCAAAACAA